AGAGGAGGAGGAAAGGGAGGGGAAAGUGGAGCGGCAGAGACGGACUCGGCGCGCGCGCGCGCGCUCCAGCCUGCCUGCCAGCGAGAGAGGGAGCUUGUGAGGGGAAAUCUGGGGGAGGGCGCCAGGCCGAGGGCGCGGCGGGGGCCAUCGCCAUAGAGAUAGUGACAGCACAGAACGGCCUUGGGGGCUGGGGGCGAGAGGAAGGGAGAGGGCCAACGUGAGGGGAGGGAGGGCGCGCGCGCGCGGGAGGCCGGGUCGGGCCAAGCCAGGCCGGGCCGGGCCUCUUGUGGCGCCGAGCGCUUGAGGGGCGGGAGGGAGACUUGGAGAGGUCCCAAGAUGGAUUCAGGAGAAAGCAGCGGCGGCGGCGGCGGCGAAGAAAGAGGAGGAGGAGGAGGUGGGGCAGGCGGCGGCGGCGGGAAGAUCCGGACUCGGCGGUACCAUCUGGCAGCGGCCUCCCAGAAGCCUUACCCAAGAAACAAGCAGGGAAUUAUUAAUAUUGUGAAGGAAUCUGUGAAGAGUAUUGUUCCAACUUGGCUUCAGAGAUACUUCAGACAAAGCGAAGAGGCAUCCCCCGAUGAACAAAGGCGAUUAGAGGAGAGUAUGAACUACCAUCCUGCCUUCGCUGCUGCUGCUGACAAUAGUAUUGAAAUUGAUGGACGAAUCACUCCUGAGCCAACAAGAAUGACUUUAGAAGAGCCCUCAACAAGUAGCUCUACUUUAAACCUCGCAGAUAUUUUAACAAGACCCUCUCUCCAUCGGAGUCAUCUUAACUGUAAUAUCCUGGAUUCUCCACCACCACUUUCCCAACCCUCCACAUCAUCUGCAUUUCCAAUUAGUAAUUCUGGACUUUCAUUUGGAAAAGAAAUGAAAGAUUCUACCUCUCAGCAUGACGACGAUAACAUCUCAACCACAAGUGGUUUCUCUUCAAGGGCAUCUGAUAAAGAUAUACAGGUUUCAAAAAAUGCUUCAAUACCACCUCUCUGGUCUACAGAGACUGAAAGACCUGUCACCCUUUCUCAGCAUUCAGCCACCAGCUCUAAAAAGCCUGGAUUUAAUCUGUCUGCCUUUGGCGCUCUCUCCCCUUCACUUGGUAAUGCAUCAGUUCUUAAGACAAGCCAGCUUGGAAAUUCUCCAUUUUAUCCUGGAAAAACCACAUAUGGUGGUGCAGCAGCAGCAGCAAGGCAAUCUAAAUUGCGGGUGACUCCUUAUCAGACACCAGUAAGAAGACAAAUGAAAGCCAAACAAGUGAAUGCACAGUCAUAUGGAGUGACAAGUUCUACUGCACGACGCAUCUUGCAAUCUCUGGAGAAGAUGUCAAGUCCAUUAGCAGAUGCUAAAAGAAUUCCUUCUUCUGUUUCUUCUCCAUUAUCAUCUCCUGUAGAAAGAAGUAUGCUGAAUAUCACUGACUUCCAGACACCAAGGAAAAGGGUUGAAUCCCAUUAUCCACCAGUCCAGAAGCUUGUAACACCGAAGGCUGUGUCAUUGUCAGUGAAUCGUUCGCAAUAUUUCAAACCAUCACUUACAUCUACUACUGAUUCAGGCAGGAUUCGACAGAGAAUAGAGAUGAACCAUAAAGCAGUGCAUGAGAAGAGUAUGACAGUAGAACAGCAAACAAAACCAUCAGAAAGCAGUGGCACAAACCUCAAGUUUGGUACAUCUGCUUCUAAUGGUCUACCUCCUGCAGCAGGAAGUGGUGGUGGGAAGAUGAGGAGGGAAAGAAGUGUCCAUUAUAUAUCAAAACCUACACAAGAUGAGGAGCUGGAGAUGCCGCCACUACCAGAAAUAUCUUUACCCAUCAGUACGUCAUCUUUGCCAAACUUCAGCUUUGGCCCACUUGCUAGUACUACGGUUUCAUCUUCACCAGUCAGUGCUGCACAGUCAGUAGUGAACAAGGUGCAGCCGGCCAGUAAUGCUGGCAGUCCUGUGUUCAGAUUUUCAUCUCCAAUUGUAAAAUCCACUGAAGCAGAAGUGCUGCCACCAGUUUCUGUUGGUGGCUUUAAAUUUAGUGUUCCUGUUGCAAAAUCAUCUGAUCCUUCAGGACCCAAGGAUACUCCAGUAUUGCCUGUGAUGAAUGCAGCUGUCAAUAGCAUCAGCAACAAGAAAGAAAAGGAGUAUGACGGUCCUUUUAAGCCUGCGAAAGUCUUGAAAGAAGGAAGUGUUUUGGACAUUUUAAAAAAUCCUGGUUUUUCUUCUCCCACCACUUUAUCGACAUUCUCAUCAUCAGCCACUCCACCUGUUGCUACAAGCACAGUUGUUUACACAAGGCCUGCAAUAAGUAGUUUCUCUGGAGCCUCGGUUUCAGGACUUGGGGAUUUAUCAAAGAAGCAGUUGUCAGUCUCUUGGCAGUGUGAUGCAUGUCUCAUACAAAACAAGCUGGCAGAUAAUAAAUGUAUAGCCUGUCAAGCUGCAAAAGUGCCAGCAUCAGAUGAUACUAAGCAGGCUGGUACUUUGACUCAGAAUAUUACCACCAAAUCGGCAGUUUCUACAACAGGGACACAGUGCUUUGGAGAUAAAUUUAAGACAACAGCUGGAACUUGGGAUUGUGACACUUGUUUGGUCCAGAACAAAAGAGAAAGUACAAAAUGUGUGGCUUGUGAAACACCAAAACCUGGAACAGGAGUAAAACAAGCUCUUGUAUUGCCUUUCGUCACAGACAAUGCUACACCAGUGUCUUCCUCUUCUAGCUCUGUUGAUGGUUCAGUCACUUUGGGAUUUGGAGACAAAUUCAAGAAGCCCAAAGAUGCUUGGGAGUGUUCUGUGUGUUUAGUGUCAAAUAAGGCAGAGGAUAGCAAAUGUGUGGCCUGUCAGGCGGACAAAGCAGGUGGUUCGGUGCCUGUGGUGAGUAGCAGUGCUUCUUCUUUACCAGCUCUUUCUGGAGGAUUUCUGGGUUUGGACAAAUUCAAGAAACCAGAGGGAAGCUGGGACUGUGAAACCUGCCUAGUACAGAACAAAGCAGAUGCCACCAAGUGUGUAGCAUGUGAGAGUGCAAAACCGGGCAGCAAGCCUGAACUCAAAGGUUUUGGUACUGCUGCUACUUCUGCCCCAUCAUUUUCAGCUCCAUCUUCUUCAGCUCCAUCUGCUCCUUCAUUUAAAUUUGGUAUUCCAUCAUCAUCCACAGAAACCACUCAGUUACUGGGAAAUGCAGGGAAGAACUUUAAGUUUGGAGAACAAGGAGGAUUCAAAUUCGGUAUUACGUCAGAACUGGGAUCAUCAGCAAAUACAAUGGCAGGAGGUUUUAAGUUCUCAAAAAAUGAAGGGUCCAAACUGGGAAGCUUUCCUUCAGAGUCUAAAUCUGAGGGCAGUAAAGAUGGCAAGAAUAAUAGCACUUUCAAUUUUGGACUUCCCUCUGGGACUAGCAGUGCAUCUACUGCAUCAUUUCAGUUUGGAAUCACUAACCUUGGACAGCAAGAGAAGAAAGAAGGACUUAACCAACCUGCUGCAGGAGGUUUUACUUUUGGGAAUCUUCCUUCAGCUCCUGCAGCUGUAACUGAAAAUAAAACUGGAAUAAGUGGUUUCAAAUUUGGAAAUGCAGCGGAAAAGGAAGUUUCCUUUUCAUUGAAAAAAACAGAUGAGAAAAAAGAUGAAAUUUCUUUGGGAAAAGGUGGGUUCACUUUUGGUAAGAUGGAACCUGCGACUGCCCCACCCGUUGUUCUGGGAAGGACAGAUGAGAAACAGGAAUCUGAUAUUCCUUCUAAUCCAUUAGUAUUUGGAAAGAAAACAGAGAAUGAAGAUUCAAAGGCACAAUCCAUAUUUUCAUUUGGAAAGUCAGAGCAAACCAAAGAUGAUGGCCCAGUAAAGCCUCCAUUCAGGUUUAGCCUCACAAAACCAGCAGAGAAAGAAGCAGAGCAACAGACAAAGCCAGCUUUUACUUUUGGGGCACAGGGAAGUACGGCAGAUCCAGGAUCAGCAAAGCCUACGUUCAGUUUCCUGAGCUCUAACUCAUCUAAUGCAGCUGUGCCAAGUGUUUCACUUGGUGGUAGUGGUGGCGGCAGCGGUGCCAGCACCAGUAGCAUAUUCAGCAACACAACCUCUACAUCAAAUCCUCCACCAAGCUUUCUGUUUGGUCAGGCCAGCAACACUGUGAGCAGCUCUGCUUUUGGUAAUCCCUCUGACUCCAGUACAUCACAAUCCUUUGGGUUCUCUCAAGAGAGCAAGCCACCAACAACCACCUCCAGUACAGGCACCUCAGUUCCAUUUCUCUUUGGUACUGUAGCCACCACUAACAGCACAGCUAAUGCUGGCUUCAGUUUUGCAGCACCUACUACAACAGCACCCCCUACAGGUUCCUCCUCUUCAUUUGUAUUUGGCUCUGGGUCUUCAGCUCCUGCAGCUGGUCCAGCAUUUGGUGCCAGCCAGACACCAACAUUUGGUCAAAACCAAGGCUCCAGCCAGCCUCCUGCUCCAACAUUUGGGUCACUCUCAACAUCUUCAUUAUUUCCUGCUGGCUCCCAGCCGGCACCACCAGCCUUUGGGUCUGUAUCAAGUAGUACACAGCCUCCAGUCUUUGGACAGCAAGCUACCCAACAGCCUGGGUUUGGCUCAGGUACAGCUUCUAGUGCGGGUCCAGUGUUCCAGUUUGGAAGUAGUACUGCUAAUUUCAACUUCACAGGCAACAGCCCAGGAGUAUUUACCUUUGGUGCUACUCCUGGUGCAUCAUCAGCACAGCCAGGAGGCUCUUUAGGAUUUUCAUACACCCAGCCUUCACCAUCAUUUAACUUGGGCAGGAGUAACGGAAAAAAUAUAUUCUCCGCACCUGGAUCUUCAGUGCCUGGUCGGAAGAUAAAGACGGCUGUUAGACGUAGAAAAUAAAAUAUUAAUGAUUGUUACAAACAGCAGCUCCCUUACCACAGCUGGUUGCCCUGUAUCAUUCAGUUACUGAAUUGUACCUCAUGCUGGGUUUAGCUGAAGCCAGGUCUGCCUAAACUCUACUUGCUUUUUUUCUCUCCAUUUAGAGUUUUAAUUUUUUAUUUUUUAAUAUUAGAGUUGGUGGCAGGAAGGAUCUUGAGCAAAAACUACUUUAGAAUCCAUCAGUUUUUCUUCACUGACUUGGCAUGGUCUGGCUAUAGAUAUAAAUAUAGCCUGCACAGCGAAUGGCUUCGUAUAGUACCUCUGUUUGCACCACUUUGUGCGCUCAUCUACGUUUACUGACACCUCGAAAUUGUAAUUAUAUCAGAAAGAGGGAGUCUGUAUAGAGUAGAGAAUGUGGAUAAUGAAUGAUUUCUUUGCAGAGUUUGUGCCGAUGUACGUGUGAAGUGAGCGAGUUGCGUGUAUUGUGCACUAAAAUUUUCUGAUAGAGAAAGAAUGAUCAAAAAUGGUCCAUGCUAGGGACUAGAUUGAUCAGUAGUACUUCAUUCAAUAAUUAGAUGCUCUUUCUAUUUUCAUUCUUAACAGCUCCUUAUCACCUGUCUCGCCUUUUCAUUAUUUUAUUAUGAAACAAAUGUGUAAAUACAAUUCUGUUUCUCUAUGUACUUUGGCAUAACAAAUCUGUGAACUUGAAAUUUUAAUUUUGUGUGUUACAGCAAAUUUUUGUUUAGUAUUGUCUCAGAUUUUAUUAUGUAAAUCUCAUUAUUCAAAGUUGCCUAAAUCCAUUAAAAAUCUUUAAAAUUGGGAAUUCUUAAAAUGAGUUUAUUGGCUUUUCUGAUCCAUUUUUGUUUGGACCAAAAACCAGUAUUGUACAAAGUGUUAAGUAUAUAUUUUUAUAUUUACGGAAAUGGACUCUGGUGACUUUGGAUAAUAAGGAAAAGUUUAAUAUUAAAGCCAUGUUUAUUACAGUAUAAUUAACAUGUUAAACCAUGGGAUAAAUGCCAUCAAUAAAAAUUAUGAAACAUGUUUGUGUGAAUUUCAAUACAAGUAACUGUUGUUGUCUGAAAUGCAUCUAUUAUUAAAUAUUCUCAGUGAGAUGCAUCUUAAAUUGUGCACAUGUUUAACCAUUACAUAACAAUGUAAAUUGAAUUGUAUUCUUUGCUGUUGAGAGUUCCCUAAUGAGAUAGUGCAUAACUUUCCAAGCGCUGGUGCUAGACAGAAUUGCCUUGAGUAUUUCAUUGCACUUUUUUGUAGCAAUCCUAAAUGUUUAUUAAAUAAAUAUGUACCAGGGACAAGAA